UAAAAGGAAAUACUGUUUAACCGGGAAAAGAGUAAAAAAAGAAAAAAGAAAAAAAAAGCAUGGAUGAAUUAAAUGCUAGUUGUAGGGAGUCGGUAGCGGUGGGCCACCGUAUUAAAGUGGAGUGACAAAAGCUAAUCCUUGUUUACAGCACCAUAUUGCUUCUCUUAAUUAUCCAGCUUAUCUACAUAUCUACAAUGGCGAAAAUUCCCAACGCUUCUGUAGCCCUGGUCGUUGGCGUUACAGGAAUGGCAGGUUUGAGCUUGGCGGAGGCUCUCAAAAAGCCUACAGCGCUUGGCGGCCCAUGGAAAGUAUACGGUACAGCCAGAAGAUCUAAGCCAAGCUGGUUUCCUUCCUCCAUUGUUGACCACUUCAUCUCAUUUGACGCUACAAACCUUGACGACACAAUCAAAAACCUCUUCCCAAUCUCCAAUGAAGUGACACAUGUCUUCUGGGUCGCAAUCCAAGUUCGUGAAAAUGAAGAAGCAAACAUCCUUAUCAAUUCAACGAUGCUCAAAAAUGUGGUUGAUGUUCUCAAAUCAGGUACAUCUUCCCCGCUUUGCCAUGUCACCUUGCAAACAGGCACCAAGCAUUACAUUGGUCCAGUGUUUGAUCCUUCAUUGGCAAACCAGCUUGUCGCUCACGAGCCACCAUUCCAUGAGGACAUGCCAAGGUUACCUUACCCUAAUUUCUAUUAUACACAAGAAGAUGUUUUGGCUUCUUAUGCACCAUCUAUCUCAUAUUCUGUCCACCGUCCUUCUAUAAUAAUUGGUGCGUCUUCGAGGAGUGUUUACAAUACAUUGCUUUGUUUAGCGGUUUAUGCUAAUAUUUGUAAGCACCAAGGCUUGCCAUUUCGAUACCCUGGCAAUGGAUACACAUGGGAGCAUUUCAAUGAAGCAUCUGAUGCAAGAGUGCUAGCAGAGCAACAAAUCUGGGCAGCAAUCUCGGAGAAGUUUAAGAACCAAGCCUUUAAUUGCACCAAUGGCGAUGUUUUUACUUGGAAAAGCUUCUGGAAGGAGUUGUGCAAGGUUUUUAAUGUAGAAUUUGUCCCGUUUGAUGAAAAGGAAAAGUUUGACGUGGUUGAGAUGAUGAAGGACAAUGCUUCAGCUUGGGAUAAGAUAGUGGAAGAACAUGGGCUUUUAAAGACGAAAAUGCAGGACAUGAUCGCUGCCUUUGCUGCAAUCAAGGCAGUCUUAAACUUGGAGUUUCAACUUGUUUCCAACAUGACAAAGAGUCGAGAUUUUGGUUUCUUUGGUUAUGCUGACACUCUUAGAAGUAUUGAAAUGUGGGUCAGAAGAUUGCAAGACAUGAAUAUUGUUCCUUGAAGACUUGGAAAUUGGAAUUUGAUUCUACCAUAUCUAAAUAAUCCUGGGGAGUUGGCAGGUGGGUAGGAAGAUAGGUGUAAUUCAGUUUAACACAUCUAAAUGGUUCAAGAUUUAAACUAGUUUAUUAUUUAUGUUGGUGAAGAACAGAGGUCCCAAGUCCCAAGCUUUUAACUUAAUGGUUAAAAACGAUUGAGAAAACAUUAAAAGUUUGAUUUCAAAUCAAACUUCUUCUUUUUCUUUAUUUGUAUUAGAAUUUUAUCAUUUUAAUAUAACAAAAAAAAGUUGUAAUGGAAAUAAUGUCCAAUUUCAAUUUCUAUUUUUAGACUAUCUAGUCAUCGAAGCAACAGAUUAAGAUGUACCAUGUCUUUCGAAAAUCACAUGAUGUCAUCUAAAUGGGGUCUACGACAUAAGAAUAAUUCUGGAAUCCAACCCUCACAAUUCACGAAGUGAGGUGUAGGGAAAAUUUUCAAAGAAAAAGUAAUUAAGAAAGUUGUAUAAGAAUUCAAGUAAAUAUUCAGAUAAAAAAAGGCAAGCAUUAUCAAAGAAGAGAAGAAAACAAUGAAAUUGAAGAACAUAUAACAUGUUACUAAAAUUCUUUGACCAUAAUUUACAAUAAAACUCUGAUAAACUCUGGCCAAGAUGAACUUAUAAUAAAUUGCAAGCCAAGAAGCAUUAAAAAGGGAAGAAUCUGCAUGGGUUAAAAGCCACAUCCAAAGCCAUUUCUACCCCCAUCUUUGAAGUAAUAUUCCAACCAAAAUAUUAACUCAAAUAAAAUAUCUCUAAUCUUUUGAAAGUCUUAAGCACCAUUAGAGAUUCAACAAGCUGGUUUUUCUUAAAUUCAAUACCUCUAAGUUUU